AUGGCGGCGGCCGCGGCGGCGCCUCUCGGGCGCGCCCCACCCGCAGGCGGCGCGGCCGGGGCGGCGGGGCCGGGCGGCGGGUCGCCGGGCGGCUGGGCUGGCGCGGCUCGAGGCCGCGAGUUCGAGUACCUGAUGAAGAAGCGCUCGGUGACCAUCGGGCGCAACUCGUCGCAGGGCUCGGUGGACGUGAGCAUGGGCCACUCGAGCUUCAUCUCCCGGCGCCACCUCGAGAUCUUCACGCCCCGGGGCGGCGGCGGCGGCCAUGGCGGGGCGGCCCUGAGCGGCGGCCGCGCAGCCCCGGCCGGACGCGGCGGCGACUUCUACCUGCGCUGCCUCGGCAAGAACGGCGUGUUCGUGGACGGCGUGUUCCAGAGGCGCGGGGCGCCGCCGCUGCAGCUGCCGCGCGUGUGCACGUUCCGGUUUCCAAGCACGAACAUCAAGAUAACGUUCACUGCCUUGUCCAGCGAGAAGAGGGAGAAGCAGGAGGCGCCCGAGUCCCCGGUGAAGGCCGUGCAGCCGCACAUCUCGCCCCUGACCAUCAACAUUCCAGACUCCAUGGCCCACCUCAUCAGCCCCCUCCCCUCCCCCACGGGGACCAUCAGCGCUGCCAACUCCUGCCCAUCCAGCCCCCGGGGAGCAGGGUCUUCAGGGUACAAAAUGGGCCGUGUGAUACCAUCUGACCUCAAUUUAAUGGCUGAAAACUCGCAGCCAGAGAAUGAAAAGGAAGCUUCCGGUGGAGACAGCCCCAAGGAUGAUUCGAAGCCGCCUUACUCCUAUGCACAAUUAAUAGUACAAGCGAUCACGAUGGCUCCUGAUAAACAGCUCACCCUAAACGGAAUCUAUACGCAUAUCACUAAAAAUUACCCGUACUACAGGACUGCGGACAAGGGCUGGCAGAACUCAAUUCGCCACAAUCUCUCUCUGAAUCGUUAUUUCAUCAAAGUACCACGCUCCCAGGAAGAACCAGGCAAAGGCUCCUUCUGGAGGAUAGAUCCUGCCUCUGAAAGCAAAUUAAUAGAGCAGGCUUUUAGGAAAAGACGGCCUAGGGGCGUGCCUUGCUUUAGAACCCCUCUGGGACCGCUCUCUUCUAGGAGCGCCCCAGCCUCUCCCAACCACGCUGGAGUGCUGUCUGCUCACUCCAGCGGUGCCCAGACCCCCGAGAGCCUGUCGAGGGAAGGCUCACCAGCACCCCUGGAGCCUGAGCCUGGCGUCUCGCAGCCCAAACUCGCCGUCAUCCAGGAAGCCCGGUUUGCCCAGAGCGCACCAGGGUCCCCGCUGUCCAGCCAGCCCGUCUUAAUCGCCGUCCAGCGGCAGCUACCACAGGCGGUCAAGCCUGUCACCUACACCGUUGCAACCCCGGUGACCACCGCCACCUCCCAGCCACCCGUGGUGCAGACCGUUCACGUCGUCCACCAGAUACCAGCGGUGUCAGUCACCAGCGUGGCUGGCCUGGCCCCAGCGAACACGUACACUGUCGCGGGACAGGCCGUGGUCACACAGGCGGCUGUGCUGGCCGCCCCUAAGGCCGAGCCACAAGAGAACGGAGAUCACAGGGAAGCGAAAGUGAAAGUAGAACCUGUUCCCGCAAUUAGCCAUGCCACGCUAGGCGCUGCUAGCCGGAUCAUUCAGCCAUCACAGCCCACCCCUGUCCAGACGGUCACCAUCGUACAGCAGGCACCUCUAGGCCAACACCAGCUACCAAUAAAAACUGUAACGCAGAACGGGACUCACGUGGUGCCAGUCCCCACCGCGGGCCACGGCCCGGUGAACAACGCGGCGGCGAGCCCUUUGCACAUGCUGGCGACCCACGCGUCGGCCUCCGCCUCCCUGCCCACCAAGCGCCAGGGCGGCGACCCACCGGAGCAGCCGGAGCUGAAGCGGAUCAAGACGGAGGACGGCGAGAGCAUCGUCAUCGCCCUGAGCGUGGACGCGCCGCCGGCUGCCGUGAGGGACAAGGGCGUCCAGAACUAGUGACGGGAGAGCUUUUCUUCCAAGUGUCAGCUUUGUGGUGCCAAAAGGAGACGCUGCCUCUCACCGGCGCGCGGCGCCCGGUAGGCAGGGCCUGCGGUUGGACUUCGCCUCUCAGCACUGAAACACAGAACCCAGGCGGCCUUACAACUCCUCGAUCAGAGACAAGUCACACUUGAGCAGCCACACGCAACACAGCUGGCCGGCACGGCGCCUCUGAGCCAGCACUCGCUGCGCCGCCGCCUCGGGCGCAGCUUUUAACUGCGCGGAAGAGCUCACGGUCCUCCGCACGGCGGGCUCCUCCGCGUGGGGACGGCGCGGCCGUCGGCGCCAGGUGCAAACGGACCCCCGGCACGGGCCCCGGGGCCAGGCAGGACCCCGGACCCAGCACUGGCGCCGGGAGGCCGGACGGCGUCUGUCCUGCUCACGCGGAGUAGGGUGUCUCGAGGUUACUUUCUCUACAAAGUAAUGGGGUCUCUGACAUUUCACAUCACUCCAUUUCUGCUCUGGAAACUGUGGAAUCGCACAGAACUGUUGGUGUGGAUUUCAUUUGGGGAAAAGGAACAGCAUAGUUUUGUGUUCUGUUGUCUGUUUUCAGCCCACGGAAUGAUUUGCUUUGUCCUGUUAAAGCUCGGACGGAGCGCCGGCCGGCAGCUGCAGCCGCCGGUGUGAGCGCAGCCGCCCGACGGGCUCACCUCCUCCCGGUGCGCAGGGCGGCGCUGCGGCUGCGACUCCAGGGACAGGCCCGGGACGGGACGGGCUGCCGGCUCGCCCCGCCACACUUACUGUUACCUUUCCUGCUACUUUCUGUUGUUUGUUUCUUUGUGUUGACUUUGUCCCUGGCAAAAUAUUUUCACUCUGAGUAAAACCAGUCUCCUGAGUACCGUGUGUGUGUGAAACGCAGAGCCACCACCGCUGCGCUGGAGACAGCCUCGCCACGCGCCCGGCGCAGAAGGGCCACGCUGUCUCCGCGCACCUGUGGUCCCGCCAGCAGGUGUCCCUGCUAGCUGCAACGGCGCCCGGCCAGCGUCCGCCCGACCGCGUUGCCGUCUUCCCUCCUCGUGGCCAGUCCCUGGCGGGGGGGCAGGGUGGAGCCGCGUGCUGUCACCCCCGGGGACUGAGCGAGGCCCCCAGGGAAAGUGCUGGAAGCAUGUGGGUCGCCUUCCGAUUUGCAGCGGAGCUUCCCUACCUUUCAGAGCGGACCCCAGCACGGCCGACCGCCCUGCAGGGGUGAGGGGAGCGGGAAGACGCGGGUGGGGGGGAGGCAGGGGCCCCACACGGCCGCAGCCCGGCUCCUCAGGAAGAAAACCUGCUUUCCGAGCGCGCCAGGCUGGGCCGAGCAGAGUGUGAGCAGAAAGGGCUCCAGCCUUAUCGUGGACUUUCAAUGUCAUCAUCAUAACGUUAUUUAUUUAAAUGUAGUUAUUUUGGUAUUUAAUUUUUUUUUAAAGAGGAAAAAAAAAACCUGUAUUUUCCUGGUGGAAUGAAACAACUCAGAAUGGUAUAUUUAGGCAAUUUUAAAACAUUUAUUAUUUACAUAAAGACCAAAUAUGAUAAAUCUGUUCUAAGUAUUGUGUGUCAAUCCACAGAAUGGGGCUGUCACGAUGUCACUGCAGAUGCAUAUGGAAAAGUAUGGAAUUAGUGCACACUAGCUGGAUCAUAACUCAGCCGUUUUAAAAAUAAAAGUGAAACCGUCACUCGA